CUCGCCCGCUCUCCUCCUGCCUGUCUGCGUGUGUGUGCCGCCCGCACGUGUGUGUGAGACAUAGGCCAGUCCGACACUCUCUAGCCCUCUCUCUCUCGCUCCACACACACACACACACACACCCACCCACACACAAACACUCACACUCCUACACCAAGAAACACACAAGACACACACACACCUCCGGUCCGGUCACUACUCCCUCGUCUCUUGUCCAGUCUCCGGUCACUCUCUCUCUCUCCGUCCGUGCGCUCCCUUCUCUUCGCCCGGCGUCACCAUGAGUCGCUACGCGUCCUCGUCCGCUCAGUCCUCCUCCUACCGCCGCACCUUCGGCAGCCCCGGCUUCGUGUCCAGCCCGGCCGGACGCAACCUCUACGGCUCGCACGCCUCGCUGGCCGGCCUCGGCGGCGGAGGAUCGUCCGGCGCCCGCGUCUCCUCGCGCGUCUACGAGGUCCACAAGACGUCCAGCGCGUCUCUGCCCGGCCACGGCAGCUCCUACCGCGCCUCGUACGGCAUCCCGCUCCUGAGCUCGGGCGUGGCGGCGUCGUCGUCUGGAGGGCACGGUCGCUACGCGGGCAUGGGCGAGACGCUGGACUUCAGCCUGGCGGACGCGCUCAACCAGGAGUUCCUGGCCACGCGCACCAACGAGAAGGCGGAGCUGGCGCACCUGAACGACCGCUUCGCCAGCUACAUCGAGAAGGUGCGCUUCCUGGAGACGCAGAACCAGGCGCUGGUGGUGGAGAUCGAGCGGCUGAAGGGACGAGAGCCCACGCGCGUCGCCGACCUCUACGAGGAGGAGAUGCGCGAGCUGCGGAGGCAGGUCGAGAUGAUCACCAACCAGCGCUCGCGCAUCGAGGUGGAGAGGGACAACCUGGCCGACGACCUGGACAAGAUCAAGCUCAGACUACAGGACGAGAUGAUACACAGAGAGGAGGCAGAGAAUAACCUUGCCGCUUUCAGAGCAGACGUGGACGCCGCCACCUUGGCCCGUCUGGACCUGGAAAGAAGAAUCGAGACCCUGCAGGAGGAGAUCUCCUUCUUGAAGAAGAUCCACGAGGAGGAGGUGCGCGAGCUGCAGGCCCAGAUGCAGGAGACGCAGGUGCAGAUCCAGAUGGACAUGUCCAAGCCCGACCUGACCGCCGCCCUGCGGGACAUCAGAGCCCAGUACGAGGCCAUCGCCGCCAAGAACAUCUCCGAGGCCGAGGACUGGUACAAGUCCAAGGUGACGGACUUGAACCAGGCGGUGUCGAAGAACAACGAGGCCCUGAAGCAGGCCAAGCUGGAGACCAUGGAGUUCAGGCACCAGAUACAGUCCUACAUGUGUGAGAUCGACUCACUCAAGGGCACAAACGAGUCCCUGCUGAGGCAGAUGCAGGACAUGGAGGACCGUCACGGGCGCGACGCGGGCGGCUACCAGGAGAGCAUCACGCGGCUGGAGCUGGAGAUCGCCAACAUGAAGGACGAGAUGGCGCGCCACCUGCGCGAGUACCAGGACCUGCUCAACAUCAAGAUGGCCCUCGACGUGGAGAUCGCCACCUACAGGAAGCUCCUGGAGGGAGAGGAGAGCAGGAUCUCUAGACCCCUGCAGGCCUACAGCACCAUGAGCUUCAGAGAGACCAGUCCUGAGCACCAGCGCGCCUCCUCUGAGCUGCACUCUAAGAGAUCCGUCCUCAUCAAGACCAUCGAGACCCGCGAUGGAGAGGUGGUCAGUGAGUCCACACAGCAUCAGGCGGAUGUCAUGUAGACAGCAGAAACUUCAAACACACACACACACACACACACACACACACACACACACACACACACUCAAGGGGUUUUGUCAACUAGUCAACUAUUAAAACCGCUAGGCAGUGCUAGGCAUCAGUGAACUAGUCAUGGGCAGAAUGGCUAAGUGCUACACAGGCUACAUCUCCUACGUAUGGAGGCUCCUCACUGAAAAUGAGACCUGCUCCACAGUGACAUGUAAGUUGUGUACAGCUGUAUUAAAGUACAAUAAAGAAAACACCUCCUAUGGAUAACCAUCUAAAGAUGAGACACCUGCUGCUAACACUAGCACUAGCAGAAAUGUUAGCACCAGCAUUGUAGGCUACUGGCACAAAACACGGCUAACCGUCCAAAGAAACACCUGCUAUGGAUAACCAUCUAAAGAAACACCUGCUGCUAACAGCUAGCGCUAGCAGUGAUGUUAGCAUUUGCACUGUACCGGCAAAUAACACACCUGCUAUGGAUAACCAUCUAAAGUAACACAUGCUGCUAACAGCUAGUGCUAGCAGUAAUGUUAGCAUCAGCACUGUACCAGCAUAAAACGACAGCAUACUGUAAGUUGACUUGUUGACAACUAUUAUGACUUGUAUUAAGACUUGUCAACCAGUAAACAUCAGGAAUGGUGAAAGCCCUAAGACAUGUACACACACACACACACACACAUUGAACAAUAAGAUAUUUAACAAGUGAUGUCCAGUCAAAUAAACACACAAGAGACUGACAACCUGCAUCCUA